CCGUUGUCUCUUACCCCCACCUUUCCAUUCUGUGCCUCUUGCGGAUCGAGAGAGAGCUGACCAAUCUUUCUUUAACCGCAACAUCACCCCAAGUCAGCAGCAGUGGUAGGCAGGCAGUUUGUCAGGGUCCAGCGUGCCGAAAACGCGAUCCGUGUUUGACGGCUUGCGAUCAGCUUGCGCAUGAAGUGUUGUUUCGGAUUAUCCCGUUGCAGAUUAACUAUUUUGUUGUUGAGUCUCUUCCAACGGUUGCUACCAUCAAGGGAACAGUGAAACAAGUGGAUAGCGUGCCUGGCUAGGCAGUCUGCUCCGCAAUACGCGGAACACGGCCUCACAUACACGGGCAUACACACGCACAUACACAACAACCACACUCACUGCACCUAUUCAUGUCAACCACGGAAAGCCCCGAAGAUGGGGCACCCGGUACCGGUGACGACUGGACGGGUGCCCCGGCUCCGAGGGAACAAGCCCGACCACCACCUCGGAAGCGGAGGCGGAUAGUCAUCUCAUGCACCGAGUGCCACCGCCGGAAGCAAAAGUGUGACCGCAAACUCCCCUGCACAAACUGCGUCUCCCGUAGCAAGGAGAGCGCAUGCCGUUAUGAGACAGGUGCACCAGCCCCCAAACAGAAUGGAAGGCUAGCAACCACCGCCAGAAACCAUCCCCAUGAUGUAGCGGCCACCACAGCAGCAACCACAGUAGCAACCACAGCGCCCACCCCCAGCCCCACCACCCUCCCCUUCCCCGCCAAGACAGCCGCAGCCUUUGGCUACACCCACGCGAGUGCCAGCACCCUCGGCUUCCUGCACCGCAUCGAAUCCCACCCAGGCGACCCUCCCAACGGCAGUGACAACACCAACAACAACAAUAACACCAACACCACCACCAACCCCUACCCCCUCACUAGCCCACUCACCACCUCCGCACCCCCUUCCACCACCACCAUCACCACCAUCACCGCCAGCAGCACCACCACCCCCACCGACCCCCCAACCGACACCACCACCCGCGACCGCUACAAGACCCUCGUCCGCCAGCUGCCCGCCCGCUGCGCCGUCGAGAAGCUCGCGGCGCUCUACUUCGCCGAGUUCAACCCGCACUACGCCGUGCUGGACCGCGACGUCUUCGACGAGCAGCUGGCCACCUGGUACCGCCUGCCCUUCAGCACGCUCUCGACGGGCGCCGGCCCCGCGGCGCUGGAUUGUGAGAUGCGCGCUUUCCCCGCGGUGGUGUUCCAGGUCUGUGCGGUCGGGCUGUUGGUGUUGGAUGAUGAGACGGGGGGGGAUGAGCAUUUUUGGAGGGUGAGUGGUGGUGUGGGUAGUGGUGGUGGUGGGCAUGGGGUGGAGGAGGGGGAGAAUUGGUUUGGGGGGUUGAAGUAUGCGGGCGGGAUGACGUUUGAGGAUCUGGCGAGGGAGUAUAGUGAUUGUGCCAUGGAGGUGUUGGCCGUGUUGGGGAAGAGGGGGAUGGGGUUGAAUACGGUGGCGGCGGGCUGGAUUAGGGCGAGCUGGUUGAAAUAUGUGGGGUUGGUUACCGAGUCGUGGCAUGCCGUCGGCGCGGCGAUCCGCGAUGCUCAGGAGAUUGGUCUGCACCGCGACAACCUCGACCCCAAGCCUGUGGGCGGCGACGCCGAGGCCGUCUUGGAAAACCAGUGGCAGGUGCAGCGCCGGAGGGUAAUGUGGAUGGUGCUGGUGAUGUGGGACCUGCACAUGGCCAGCGUGCUCGGCCGCCCGACCUCGACCGACCUCACCAUGGCGAGCCCCUCGCUGCCCGUCGACGCGCCCACGCCCAGCAACCGCUCCAAGACCCCCAUCCUGCCGAGGGGGGAAAACGACCCGCCCACCCCCUUGACGAGGGCGCUCUGGUCCUACCACACCUUGCGUCCGCUCAAGGAGAUCAUCGAGAUGGAGAAGGACGGGCCCUGCCCCAAGGACUUUGCCCGCGUCGAUCGCCUGCACAACGAGCUGCUGGACAUUGACGCCAGGACGCCUGCCUUCUUCCGCCUCGAGAACCCGGACACCCGGUUCGAUGCCCUGCCUGAGUGUCACUGGCUCCCAUUGGCGAGGGUGAUCUUGCCGCAGUUGUUGACCUUUGAACUGAUGGCGCUGCAUCGGCCGUAUAUCUUUACGCGGCCGAAGAGCAGGACCGAGGCGCUGAAGGCGAGCUUGGAUAUGUUGCAUGCGCAGAGGCUGCAUUUUCUGGCUUUGAGGCCGCAGAUGUAUAAGACGUUCUCCCUAUUCUUCGGCACCUUUGACGCCAUCGUCAUGAUGGCCUCCAUCUACAUCCUCUUCCCAAAAGAGCAUCCCGACCUGAUGCAGAAAGCGCUCCAGCACUUCCACUGGGCCGUCAGGCGCUUCGAGGCCAUGUCGACCCGCAACCCGCUCGCCAAAGCCGCACUCGGUGUGCUCCACGCCAUCUGCCAGCGCAUGACGAGGUCGCUGGGACUGACAUGCCGAGCGGUGCAAAAGAUGCUAAUCUCAGAACCCUCACCGGCCUACCCGAACGGAACCGCCAACAACAGCAGCGUCGGCUCCUCCAUAUCCGUCAGCCCCAGCACCAGCACAAGCUACCACCCGUCCCCCUCCACGGGGUCAAGAACCAGCCUCAGCACAGCCGCCACCUCCACCCCCAGCGCGGGCGGCGACAGCUUCUCACCACCUCAGCACGCCCCGCUAAACGGCCACUCCCACCAGAACGGCAACAACAACACCACCACCACCACCACCACACCACUCCCUCUGACCGCUUUGUGCAACCCCACCCACGACUUCGGCUUCACCCUCGACCCGGACCUCUUCCCCCUCCCGCCCCCGACGACGGCCGUAGCCGACAGCCCCUUCGACUGGAACCCCCCCAGCGACUUUGACUGGUCCAGCCUGCAGCCCAUCUAUGCCACCAGCGACCUUGUCUACCACAACCUGAGCAAGGCUGCCCCUGGGGUGGAUGGUGCGGGUGCGGGUGGGGUGGUUGGUGGUUGGGGGUAUCAGGGGCAUCAGCAGCAAACUCAGCAGCAGCAGCAGCAGCAGGGUGGUUAUGGGGGGAGUGGGGGUGUUGCUGAUGGGAAUGGGAAUGGGGUAGGUUUGGCGGCGGGGGGAGGAGGGGGUGAGGUGGGGUUGGGUGCUGUGGAAGGGGCAUCGAAUGUGCCGGCCGUCGAGGGAGGGGCGAUAAUUCCCUCGUAUAGUCAGUUUGGGGGGGAUUUUGGGGAUGAUAGUUUGUGGAAUUUGCUGAAUCAGUAUGCGCCUAUUUAG